CACGCGCGCCGCCCGCGCCCAGCCGCCGCCCGGGCGCCCAGGCUGGGACGGGGUGAGAUGGCAGCCUCCUCCUCCUCCUCUUCGGCUGGCGGAGUCAGCGGCAGCUCCGUGACAGGGUCGGGGUUCAGCGUUUCGGACCUGGCACCGCCCCGGAAAGCCCUCUUCACUUACCCCAAAGGAGCUGGGGAGAUGCUGGAAGAUGGCUCCGAGAGAUUCCUCUGUGAGUCUGUCUUCAGCUUCCAGGUGGCGUCGACACUGAAGCAGGUGAAGCAUGAUCAACAAGUCGCAAGGAUGGAAAAACUAGCCGGUCUGGUGGAGGAGCUGGAGGCAGAUGAGUGGAGGUACAAGCCAAUAGAGCAGCUCCUGGGAUUCACUCCUUCCUCGGGCUGAGUGUGUCUGGAUCGCUGCUGUCAGGGAGCAGAAGAAAAACAUUCCGUGGCCUGGCCUCCAAACACCCCCCAUUCGUCAGAUGCUGACAGCUGCAUCGGCACGACGGGGCUUCGCGUCUUUCUGAGAGCGGGGAUCCCCCGUAAAGCUGCCAAUAAACAGAAAUGACUGGAUUCUGUAAGUCCUCACUCUGACAGGCUGGCAGGGCUCGGUCUCUGUAACUUAGAAGGCAGGAUCAGCUGUGCAGCUCUCGGAGAGUCACUGUAUUAUUGACAGAGGAGGGCACACUGACAGUGUGGCCGCGGGGAGGGCGACCCAGUAACUCGGCCUGGCCCUGCGCUGGCGCGCGGCCGAAGCACUGGGUGGCUGGGGAAACCCCUGUCUGUGCUCUGCAGCGAAUGACACCCUGCCAAAAACACUCCUCAGCCCCAGCCCUUGUUCUGGGGGAUGGACACGGCAGGAACUGGCCCAGGUCGGGUGAGGGGCCAGGCGGUGCCUCGGAAGCUGUUCCCUCUCCAUCACCGUUUCUCUAGUAGCGCUGGUAAGGAAGGACACUGCUCUUUCUUUAAUACUCUGAAACUUUUCCCUCUUUGUUCUGUAUUAAAUUUCUCUGUGACAAUAAAAUAAUUCUCUCUUC